AUGUCCACGAGCUCCGGAAAUAUCAACGGCUCUAACCGAAUAUUUACCCACGAUGGGAAAGCCCUUCAACCCCAUUACCGAUCGAUCAUCGAUAAACUCGGCAACGUUUCCCAAAAGCGUUCGGCGAGGGGACUAGCUCCUGACUGGGUGACCUGGCAUACCGAUGCUGGCGACGACAAGAUGUCGGAUCAUGAUGAUCUUGUGGCGGGAAUGAACAUUGCAUCUCUCGCGACAAUGGGUAUUGUCGAUUUGAAAGGGAUAACGAUCACCGGUCUACACAGGAAGCACAACGCGUCUAUCAUGGAGGGUUUUAUGAGAAGUCUCGGAUUACCUGACGUCCCUGUAUGGUACGGGACAGAAGAGUUUGAUCCAAACGAUCACGAUAAAGAUAGACUGGCGCGUACUAAGAAGAGAGCAGCUACCAUGACGAGCAAGGACCCUAUUACCAAAUGGCAGAGAUUUCACCAGAUCGAUACCGAUAUUCGUAACUCCAAAAAGUCGGAUAUCGAACCCGAUGAUUACAUCACAGGAUUUUCUCGAAUCUGCGAUGAAGCAAAAGCGCAAGGAAGAAAGAUCAAAAUGGCAAUCACUACUGGUCAUCAGACUGUCAACAGCCUGUUGACUGAUCCUGAAACUGCCACGAAGUUUACCGACCAGGUUGAGAAAGUAAUCUUUCAAGGUGGUAUGCUUUUCAACGAUGGAAAGAUUGUCCCGGCAGAAGAUGCAAGAAACAACUUUUACAAUAUCAGUGCAUGUCGAGAAUUCCUCGGUAGACUUCAAGCAAGCAACAUGCCAACUGACUGUUAUACCAAGAACGCAGCGACAGCCUGUGCGAUAGAGCCACCUUUCCUAUCCGAAUUGGCGAGUACCGGUCAUCCAGGCGGUAGAUUUGUACAUGAGCUCGCAAGCAGCGUCGAUGCUACUCAAUUCUUUGAUACGCUCAAUGACGAGCGAUUGUUCAGCAAGAACUUCACCACAGACCUGUUCCUGAAGUUCAAGACCACCCUCAGUCCCGAGGAAGCUGCUGAGAAGAAAAAGUUCUUUGUCGAUAAAUGGGGAUAUCAAGAUAAGUCUACGAUGACCAAAGAGGGAUACACCGAUUACUUAUCGGACUAUAGCGAACAACUAGGUGAUUCUGUUAAAGCGGUUCCUUAUGAUCCGGAGGUGAUUGUAGGUUUAAUGGAUGAGGAGUAUCUGACUGAAUUGGGUGUUCUACCUGAGUACACCAAGGAUCAAGAUUCUGAACUUGAAGAAACGUUCAAGUUAUACGGUAAAUCCAGGACCGACUGUGGAGUGAACACUCGGAAUAUGAAGGACACCAUCAUUGCCCUCGCUGGUCAUAUCACCCUUGUCACCGAGCCCGAAGGCUCGGAACCGAUCGCCACAGGUAUAAGAAGACGCUUGACUGGGGAGCAAGCGACAAGAGAUUCUGAAGAGGAACUCACCAGCUGCGGUAGUGAUGAAAAUGACUGUUUUAGCUGCUGUACGUAG